AUGACGUACGAACACGAACGCCGAAUCGCAGAGCUCGCAGUGCAACGGGCCUGUCUCCUCACAAAAAAAGUCUUUCACGAGAAAGCAAAAGGCACAUUGGCCAAAGACGACAAAUCUCCCGUCACCAAGGGCGAUUUCGGCGCUCAAGCGCUAAUCAUCCAAGCCAUUGCUAAGAACUUCCCCAACGACGAGAUUGUUGCAGAGGAAGAGUCAAGUGAAUUAAGACAAGAUGCUUCCCUGAGAGCAGAGAUUUGGAAUUUGGUAAAGGAUAUCAAAUUGAAUGAUGUGGCAAGCGAUGAAGUUAUCGGAGGCUCGUUAGCGAACGAAGAAGCCAUGUUGGCCGUCAUAGAUCAGGGAAACUCACUUGGUGGAGCAACGGGUCGAAUUUGGGCAUUGGACCCUAUUGACGGUACCAAAGGUUUCCUCAGAGGCGGCCAAUAUGCAGUCUGCCUAGCUUUGAUAGUGGACGGUGACGUGAAGGUAGGCGUCAUUGGAUGCCCUAAUCUUCCAAUUGACGACUCUGAAGCUCUCACCACGAAUAUCGGUAGUGAGCAGUCCGACGAGGAGGGCAAAGGUGUUCUUUUUUCUGCUGUGCAGGGAGAGGGAGCUGUUAGCCGGCCCUUGACUAAUGCUGGCCUCGCACCAAGCAAGCCUAUAUCCAUGCGUCCAGUUCCAGAUGUGUCUCAGGCUGUAUUCUGUGAGGGCGUUGAGGCUGCUCACUCUAACCAGGAUGACAAUGCUUCAGUCGCAAAACGUCUGGGGAUCACCGCGCCAAGUGUUCGCUUGGACUCUCAAGCCAAAUAUUGCUCGAUUGCUCGCGGUGCCGGAGACAUCUAUCUCCGUUUGCCUAUGAAGAAAGACUACCAGGAAAAGAUCUGGGACCAUGCUGCUGGUGACCUUCUCGUUCGCGAAGCCGGGGGCCAGGUAACUGAUAUCUAUGGCAAGCGUCUUGACUUUACCAAGGGAAGAACCCUCAAGGACAACAAAGGCGUUGUCGCCGCUCCUGCUGCUUUGCAAGACCAAGUCAUUGACGCCGUUCAGGUUGUGCUGAACCUGAAAUAG